AUCAAAAAUAGCGAGUGGACGAAAGGACAUGUCUGCCUCGGUGAUCAGCCAGCGCAAAGAAGCCAGAAAAGCAGGUGCGAACGUGAAUGUGAUUACACCUGCAUCGCAUCAACCAGUUGAUGACGCGAACGCAGGAUUUGGGAAAUAUUUAAGGUCACAGGAAGGAAUUGAAAUGAUGAAAUUGUUCGUGAUCGCCAAUACAAUUGUCGUCUUCAUGACAAUGGCCUGGCCACAAAUGCAGCAAUCUUACCAAAUUCUGCGUUCACUCGUGUUUAACGAUGCCGAAACCAAUGGAGAUAAUCUUUGAAUGUGAACACAGGAGUGUUUGACUGUGAUCGUGUAGUGUUAAUAUAUUUGAACGGACCACUUGAGCCAGAACAUCAUUGGACAUUAGACAAUGUUAUGUGAAAUCUAAACCAGACAGGAGAUAAAGUGAAAG